AUGCGAUUCAUUGCCAAUGUCCUGCUUUUAACCAUCGUAUUUGGUACGUAUGUUUCGGCUGUUCGAAUUGGUUCAUUUAAUUUACAUCAAUAUGGAAGUAAAAAAGCUGCUAAUGCAACAUUAACAAAUAUGGUUGCGGAAAUUAUUAAUGAUUUUGAUUUGGCCAUUAUUCAAGAAAUAACUGAUGCUUCACUCAAGGCUCCUUAUGUUUUACAUGAAGCACUAAACAAAAUUUCAUAUUCAAACCCAUAUACAUUAACAUUAAGUGAACGUGCUGGACGUUCAGCAACAAAAGAACAAUAUGCUUUUUUCAACCGUGAAGCUACAUCAGGUGUUGAAGUUGUUCAAGCUUAUCUUUAUGAAGAUAUUGAAGAUAAUUUUGAACGACCACCUUAUAUUGGUACAUUUAAAGUUAAGAAUCCCGGAAAAUCUGGUAUUGAAUUCUUUACUGUUAUGGAUGUUCAUUUACGACCUGAUGAUGCAUAUGCGGAAUUACUUAGUAUGCGUAUUGUUAUUGAAGAUUUUAUUGCUAGCAAUCCACAAUAUUUUUCUGAAACAUCAACAUCAUUAACCGAUGCUUUAGAACAAAAUGUUAUUAAUGCAACAGUUGAUAAUAAACCAAGUUUGAAAACUAAUCAUCCUAUUUUAAUUGUUGGUGAUUUUAAUGCUGAUUGUGCUUAUAUUUCACUUAGACGUCAACAAUUACUUCAAUCAAUCGAUUAUGUUGAUUUCACAUGGGUGAUUACUAAUCGAGUUAAAACAAACACACGACAAACAUGCACAUAUGAUCGUAUUUUCAUUAAUGGUGAUAAAUUCAUUGAUGCUAUCGUACCAAACAGUAAUACAACUGUUAAUUAUCAAGAACAAUUGAAUAUGACAUUGGCUCAAGCUUUACGUAUCAGUGAUCAUAUGCCAAUUAAAUUCGAUAUUGAAUGGUAA